AUGAGGUGUCUUGAAGAGGAUUUAAUAAUCGUACCAGAAGUAACCAACAAAACUGACGAUCCUUUGUUACAGAAAGAGAAGAUUGAUCAAUUGAAGACUGUCAACGAACGACAGCGAAAACAAAUAUAUAGAUUAAAAUACCAAAGUGCCAAAUUAAGAGAAUAUGAACAUAUAAGUAAAAAUAAUACUGAAGAUAUUAAACAAAGUGAAUCAGACACUAUAAAAACAAUUAAAAAUAAUGUGGAAGAGGACAUCAAAACUUUUCUUGAAGAAGAUGAAAACAGUCGUAUUAUAACGAAAACUAUUGACGAUUCCGGUAUUUAUGAAAAAGAAUUGCUAAUUCCAUUCAAUCUCAAGCAAUUUGCAGGGACUAUGAAAGUACAUCAGGCAGUAUGGAACGCCAAUAAGCCCAACCAACUAUCGAUGAGAAAAAUGAGUUGCACCGAAGGUGAAUUUAAAAAUAAUUCAGUGUCAUGUGAACAUGGGUAUCAUGUAGGAUUAUACAUCAUAGGCGAGCAAGCUGAUAGACUGUUGACUGAUAGAACGAACAAGAACAAGAGUGACAAGAUCAAUCUGAUUAAAAAGUCAAGUCAAGCCAAAAAAGGGAGUGGAGUCAGUGCAACUGAAUCUAAUAAGCCUCAAAUUUUAUCGAAUAUUCUUAUUCAACCUGGUUGUAGCUAUUCUGCUGAUCUUGCUGAUGAGUUCUAUGAAACCAAACAGCGCCUGUCCCAUACCUUACCUUCAGACAUUGGAUUACAUGAAAGUGACAGCUUCUGGACACGUGUUUCGACAGAUUGUGAAAAUAUUGCUCCGACAUUAAUGAAUGAAGUAGUCUCCAAAAUUGUAAAUUGUAAAGAAAGUAGUGACGAGGAAUAUAACAUUUUUUAA